AUGAUUUGGUCGGGUUUCGCGCUCACUGCGCUGAUUGCGCUUUUUGCGCAAAAUGCGCUUACACAAACUGGGUCUGCCAAAGGUUCAGACUUUCUCCGUUUUGCCUGCUCUCAACUCGUCAUUGAGCGUACGGACCCUCUUGUGAAUCCUGGGGUGAUUCCAUCCUCGCACAUGCAUCAAGUCGUUGGAGGAAGCUCCUUCAAUGCUACGAUGGAUCCAGCAGUGAUUGACCCGUCUACCACGUCCAGCUGUACAUCCUGCAAGAUGUCUGAGGACUUUAGCAACUAUUGGACAGCUUCAAUCUUCUUCCAGUCUCCUGAGAAUGGCACAUUCAUACGAGUUCCACAGAUGGCGAAUGGUCGAUUGAAUGGUAGUUUGAUGGAACAACAAGGAGGACUUACUGUCUACUAUAUGCAUGCGUUCAGCGGUACGAACAAGAAUGUGACAGUAUUCCCACGUGGCUUCCGCAUGCUGGCAGGAGAUCCAACCCUCCGCACAAAACAGAGUGGCCCUGUCACCAUCUGCCACCGUUGUCUCGCCAAAAAUGAGCGGACGUCUGGUGGUAGCGGAGCUCCUUGUUCUUCUACCGACUAUGCAUCGUUUCCUCCCAAGCCGUGCCCUGGUGGAAUUCGUGCUACCGUCAUCUUCCCAUCGUGCUGGGAUGGAAAGAACUUGGAUAGUCCGGAUCACAGAACUCACGUAACUUAUCAACCGGGCUCUGCACUCGCCGGGGAUAAGUGCCCCAGCACGCAUCCUGUGAGAAUCCCGCAAGUCAUGUAUGAGAUCAUGUACGAUACCUCCGGGUUCGCUGAUCCCAAAUACUACACCAACGGCAAGCAACCUCUUGUGUAUAGCUUUGGGGAUCCUCUUGGAUACGGAGCACAUGGUGACUACCUCUUUGGAUGGAAAGAUGGUGCUCUUCAGCGUGCUAUGGAUGCUCUUGGAACAAAUUGCUUCAGCGAGACCUGUCCUGUUCUGAAAUUGCAGUCAUGGGAGAACACUGUUGCAUGCACGAAGGCUCAGCAAGCCAAGGAAAACACUGGGACAGAUACAUGUAUGUAUGCUCUCUCUGUGUUGUGA